GAACUGGUGUUAAUACUGAUUGCUGAUUUAAACUGUAGUCAUUUAAUAUCUGUGCAAACCUCUAUACACGUGAUAGUUGAAUUGAAGAUCAGGUAGGGUUCACCUGUGGGAUAAAACUUAAUACAUAAUUGAAAGAGGAAAAAUAAUUCAUUCGGGAGGUCAUCACUGACGAACUAAGCUGUGAUUUUUUUUUAAAAAACUGAGUAUAUAUUUCUAAGCCUGCCCUCUACCUGGCACACACAACUACUCCAGCAGACCUGAUUCUGUUGAUCUGCAUUUGUUUCAAGUGGUCCAAUGACUUCUUUCAUCAUGAAAAUUCUUCUGCUCUUGAGUCUUUUAUCUGCAGUUCUUAGCAAUCAAACACCACAGGAGCAAUUCAAGUAUCUGGACACCAAUGGCAAUGGCAUCUUGAAAGAGGACGACAUACUUGAAUUUAUCAAAAAAAACGACAAGAAUGGCGAUGAAAGCCUUGAUUUCGACGAAUUCAUCGGUACUCGACCCCCAUCUGAGCCUCCAUUGAGGAGCAAGGGUGCCUUUAAUCUCUAUGACAAAAUGGACGUCAAGAAGGACGGAAAGAUGUCUUCUUCUCUUGCCCCAGCGUUUAUAAAACUCCUGGACAAGGACAAGAACGGCGAGGUCACCUUUCAAGAAUUCGAAGAAAGAAUAAAGAAGAUUGUAGACGGCAUCGACCGAGAAGCGAAGAAAUUGGAAAAGAAAUGAUUGAAGAAACAGAAUGAACAAAAUGAUGCCUGAAAAAGUGACCAAUAAACUGUAAAAAUAAC